CAUCAUAUAAUAGAGUGUACCGUACCAAAGGUGAAAAAAAAAGAAGAAGCAAAGGUCCCAAGUUCGAAACUGAGAAACGUGAAAGGAGAUGGUACCUUUGUCAUUAUCUCAACAUAAUCUCUGGCCGCCGGAAUCUGGAUCCACGGCGUUUCGAAGUUUCGCAACCGCCGCAUCCAUACACGCGUGCGAUCAUCUUCGCCGUCACCUCCGCCUUGGCUUACGUAUCCGCUCCUCCCUUCAGAAACUGCAGCAAGUCUCUGAUGCUGCACGAACGGAGUUAUCAAGAAGAGUCGUUCUGUUCAACAGUGCUAACUUCCUCCACUCCAGAGAUGAUAUCAGAUCUUCGUUGCUAUCAAUAUGUUUCUUUAAUGGAGGAGGAGAGAGUAGGAUAGAUCCUAGAGGUGAGGAAGGAUCAUCAUCAUCAUCAAACCAGGAGACUUCCAAGAGAAACACAAGCAGUGGACGGAGGUGGACCAAUGUCCUCCUUGCCGUUAACGUUAUAAUGUAUAUUGCACAAGUUGCAUCCAAUGGUAGAGUGCUGACAUGGGGAGCCAAGGUUAACAGCUUAAUCGAUAGAGGUCAGUUAUGGAGACUGGCUACAUCUUCUGUUCUUCAUGCGAAUCCUAUGCAUCUCAUGAUUAAUUGCUAUUCUUUGAAUUCUAUUGGACCAACUGCUGAGAGUUUAGGUGGCCCAAAGAGAUUCCUUGCCGUUUACUUGACAUCUGCAGUUGCAAGUUCAGCAAUGAGUUACUGGCUCAACAAAUCGCCAUCAGUUGGUGCUUCCGGUGCAAUUUUCGGAUUGGUUGGCUCGGUAGCUGUAUUUGUCAUGAGACACAAACAAAUGGUCAGAGGUGGGAAUGAAGAUCUGAUGCAGAUAGCUCAAGUUAUUGCCUUAAACAUGACAUUGGGUUUAGUGUCAAGAGGCAUAGAUAACUGGGGACAUAUUGGUGGCUUACUUGGUGGAACCGCAAUGGCAUGGCUUGUAGGACCACAGUGGAAGUAUGAGUACACAACAAGAGACGGUCGGAGAGUCUUCGUGGACAGGGCUCCAAUGCCACUCUUUUUGCGGUGGAGAAAUGAACGGGGACGAAGCUGAACAGUUUUCUCUUUUAAUGCCAUGUGAAUGAAUAUAUAGAGAGAUUGGAUGUGUAUUUGGGAGGACUUGAUUCUUGGGUCAAAGUAGCAGCUCGUUACUAAAAUGUUAAUGUUUGAUGUCUUAAAUGUUUUUAUAAAAACCAAGUUUGGAUUAAUGUUUGUUUAUUAAUUUAAAUAAAUGUUAAUGAUAGAUUUAAUUGUA